GCAAGUGUCUGCUCACUCAGUCCUGCGCAAGAGCUCGCUCUCGGAGAAAAAAACGCGGGAGGCGAUAAUGGAGGGAGGUGCCGGUGCGAGCGAGAAAGGGAAGGUGCUGGUCACGGGGGCGUCGGGCUUCGUCGGCUCCUGGCUCGUCAUGAAGCUCCUCCAGGCCGGCUACACCGUCCGGGCGACCGUGCGCGAUCCCGCGAACGUUGGGAAGACGAAGCCAUUGAUGGACCUUCCCGGAGCAACGGAGCGCCUGUCCAUAUGGAAAGCCGACCUGGCGGAGGAAGGCAGCUUCCACGACGCCAUCAGGGGCUGCACCGGCGUCUUCCACGUCGCCACGCCCAUGGACUUCCUGUCCAAAGACCCUGAGAAUGAGGUAAUCAAGCCGACGGUGGAAGGGAUGAUAAGCAUCAUGCGGGCAUGCAAGGAGGCCGGCACCGUGCGGCGCAUCGUCUUCACUUCCUCCGCCGGGACGGUCAACCUGGAGGAGCGGCAGAGGCCCGUCUACGACGAGGAAAGCUGGACCGACGUCGACUUCUGCCGUCGCGUCAAGAUGACCGGAUGGAUGUACUUCGUGUCUAAAACCCUGGCGGAGAAGGCGGCCCUGGCGUACGCGGCGGAGCACGGCCUGGACCUGGUCACCAUCAUCCCGACGCUCGUGGUCGGCCCGUUCAUCAGCGCGUCCAUGCCGCCCAGCCUCAUCACCGCGCUGGCGCUCAUCACGGGGAACGCGCCCCACUACUCGAUCCUCAAGCAGGUGCAGCUCAUCCACCUCGACGACCUCUGCGACGCCGAGAUCUUCCUCUUCGAGAACCCGGCCGCGGCCGGGCGCUACGUCUGCUCCUCGCACGACGUCACCAUCCACGGCCUCGCCGCCAUGCUCAGGGAUAGGUACCCCGAGUACGACGUCCCGCAGAGGUUCCCCGGGAUCCAGGACGACCUCCAGCCGGUGCGCUUCUCGUCCAAGAAGCUCCAGGACCUCGGGUUCACCUUCAGGUACAAGACGCUGGAGGACAUGUUCGACGCCGCCAUCCGGACUUGCCAGGAGAAGGGCCUCAUCCCCCUCGCCACUGCCGCCGGAGGGGACGGCUUUGCCUCGGUGCGCGCACCCGGCGAGACGGAGGCGACGAUUGGCGCUUAAGCAACAAUCACCCGGCUCUCCCCGUCGAUGAUGCUAUCAGCUAUCUAUCUCUUCGAGCUCCGCUGCCAAUACGGAACUUACUUCCAUGUUCAACGAAUUGUUUUAUCCCCUGGAUUACGUAUUGUUUUUAUGUUUUAUACCCAAACAACGAAUGUUUCUCAGUAUUUUACUACAGCUAGCCCCUAUAGUAGAGAUUCUAUUAUAUGAAUAAGCUAUCUGUAGAGGCUCUGGUGCAAUAUAUAUUUCGAGUUAUUUGGAUUACUAGCAUAAUUCAAUUUUU